UCCAAAUCCUUAUAGGUGCCCCUCACCCAAUGACGUUAUGACUCCGUUUGUUGCUGCAGGUACAAACGAAGUCGAAGUUUCACUGCUUCGCUGCUUCUGGGGAAAGUUAUCAAUGUAAUUAAAACAUCAUAGCUUCCCAAAUUUCAAUUUCCAAUCUUACAUUUUCAUCUUCUAACUGCUUUCGCCCAAUUGUCCCAAUUGUCCCAAUCAUAAUCCGUCAUCUUCCAACUAAAAACAAUAAGUCAAAGUCGCAAGUCUAACAGUUAUCAUGUCGAUCCCAACCUCUACGUCUGUUGUCGAGUCCGCCGUCAUCAAGGCGCCACUCAGCCACGUCUGGCAUCAUAUCAAGCUCCAGGAUUUCAGCAACUUCUGGUCCGCCCUCAAGUCGAGUCAGUAUGUUAAGGGUACUAGCGAUGAGACGGAUGUUGUGAAGUGGACAUUCCAAGAUGGCACCGAGCUCGAAGUGAAGCAAGAAGAGCACAGCACUAUCAAUCACUACAUUACUUACAGUGUCAUCACCGCCAAACCUGAGCUGACCUACUCUUCCGUCCUUUCUACCAUUCGCUGUUACGCUGUUACUUCGGGCGAGUUGGAGGGCAGCACCUUUGUAGAAUGGACUGGAAACUUCUCCAGCGAUGCUGAUGCAGGUGUUAUUCAGGAUGCUAAAUUCAAACGUCGCGAUGCCCUGGCCGACUUGGCCAAGGCGGCGACGAGCAAAUAGACUGGCGGUAUUCCUAGCAGUAGACUAGGUACCUAAUCUUUAGGGGAUUAUUGGGGGAAGGGUGAAAAAGUCGCUUCGCGAGUGUCCAUGUAUAAUUAAGUAGCCAUGGCUGACAGAAAAAGGUAUGAUAUGCAACGAAACACUGGUACUAGUGGAAGACAAUCAGAAUUCUCGAUGAACAAUCCAUAAUACUUUUAAAUAAGGCGCAUCUAUAUACUAUUUCCGCCUAUCCCAUCCAUUUCCUUGUGAAUGCCUAAGCCAAGUCAUC